AUGGCAGACUGCGCGAACAACUCCUCUCGACUAAGCCGAAAAGACUAUGUACAAAGCAAUGACACUGUUGAAGCUGACGUCUUGAUCGUCGGCGGCGGUAUGAGUGGCAUGUACGCGAUGUGGAAGUUUAGAAAACUCCGUUUGAGUGUCAAGCUCUUCGAGGCGGGGUCUUAUUUCGGGGGUGCAUGGUACUGGAAUCAAUACCCUGGCGCCCGUGUUGACUCUGAAACACCUUACUAUGGGUUGUCGAUCCCAGAAGUCUACCAGACCUGGUCCUACACAGAACGCUUUCCCGACCAUGUGGAGUUGAAGAAGUACUUUGCCCAUGUCGAUAAGACCCUCGACCUCGCCAAAGACGCACGUUUUAACACGAUAGUGACAGGAGCAAAGUUCGACACGGUUGAUGCGACAUGGUCAGUGCAAACUAACGCUGGUGGCGUGGCCAGAUGCAAGUACCUCAUCAUGGCGGUCGGAUCCACUUACAAAAUGCAUGUGCCAGACUUCAAGAACAUGGGAAGGAAGAAGGUCGCUUGUAUCGGAUCGGGGGCGACUGGAGUACAGGUCGUCCAAGCUCUGGCUCGGAAAAAUUGCGAGGUGCAUGCUUAUAUCAGAACACCUAGUAUCGGCCUGCCGAUGAAGCAACGACGGAUGACCAAAGAUGAACAGGACCGAGACCGCUGCUCCUACCGCUCAUUAUAUGAUCACGCCAAAAGAACUAAAUCCGGUUUUCCCUACGAUCCAGCUCAACAUAGCUUUUGGGAUGUGCCACCAAAGGAUCGCGAAUCGCUUUGGGAAGCAUUAUGGGAACGGGGCGGGAUUCACUUAUUGGUUUCUAACUUUCCGGAAAUUCUCACCGAUAAGGGUGCCAAUCAAUCGAUGUAUGAAUUUUGGGCUAAGAAAGUGCGCCCUCGUAUCAACGACCCCGUUAAGCGAGAUAUCCUAGUUCCUUCGAAGCAAAUGUAUUACUUCGGUACGAAACGGCCAUCACUUGAGGACAACUACUACGAAUGUGUCGACCAGGACAACGUCACAAUCGUCGAUCUUAACGCGACAUCGAUCGAGGAGUUCACGGAGACGGGCAUCACGCUUUCUGAUCAACACGAAGCGUACGAUGUCAUUAUUCUCGCCACAGGAUACGACAGCGUCACUGGUUCGCUGACUGAGAUCGACCUUAUCGAUAUUGACGGUAAACACUUAAGAGAUAAAUGGACGAAGGGCACGUACACAUAUCUUGGCCUUACUAUCAACGGAUUCCCGAACAUGUUCAUGAUCUACGGACCCCAGUCGCCCAUCUCGUUCUCCAAUGCUCCGCCCGUCGUCGAAACACAGGUUGACUGGGUCGCUGCGGCGGUCAAGAAGAUGCGCGACGAGGGUAUCGCAUAUAUAGACGCACUGCAGGACGCAGCUGAAGCAUGGAGGGAACACAUCCAGGACCUCAGUAAUAAAACACUAUACCCGGAAACAAAUAGCUGGUACAUGGGUGCUAAUGUGCCGGGGAAGCCAAGGGAGCAGUUGAGCUAUCUUGGAGGACUCAAUACGUACGCCGCGACGACGAAAAGUGCCUUGGACGAGUGGACAGGGUUUAACGUGAUCAAAGACACGAGCGAUGGAUCUUCCUCCAACCGCCAGCGCCAGGAAAGUGCUCAAGGCGUUGUUGAUCCUUCUUCAGUCUGUGGUAGAGAUUUGGACCAAAGGUCUGACGUCUUUUAG